UUCACCCCGGCCUAACUUACAGUGCCGUUCCAGAUUAACUACCGGCAUGGCGUCUCCAAGCAGCAAUGCCACGAACUGGGAUCCUCUUGGGGCGAACUCUCCAGCCGGCCGUGCUCUCAUCAUCCUGCGACCAGAAAACGCCGCUGCAAAAUUGGCCUUCUCCGAGGUCGUCGACUUCAUCCAGGAACAGACUCACCGGGAUGACGAGAACCUGGUCCGCAUUCAGUCUCACUACGCGCAAUUCAUCUGGUUCGCCGACGAGCAGGUUUCUGAUCCUGCCGUCACACGUCUGGUGAACCAGAGAAGGAGUGUUGGAAGCUCUUCACCCUCCUCCUCGAGCGAACACUCGUCGCCUCCGGUGACUAUCUGGACUGGAUUUUACUUCCUGGAUCCGGACACCUCACCUCUUAUACACUCUCUGGGGUGGUCUGGAGGACGCCUAAAAACACAAAUGGCCUGCGUCAGUCUCGACUUUGGCGACUCUGCUGUUAUCAACAAUAUCUCGGUAAGCUCUCAAGGGAGUACUGUAGCCUGUGCAAAUGCAGAAAACUCCAUCUUGUUGGGAGAUCUACGUUACACACUCGAGAAUGCACCGCACUGCCGGCGUUCCGAAGGCCAAGCGAGGCUCCGUGACUAUCUGACUGCCAUCCACGGCGAUGACCAGCCAACCAAAGAAGCCCUUCUCGCGACGCCCACCCCCACGAUGAAUGCCCAGACCAUCGGGUCGUACACCAUCACUGCGGCCGGCAUGGUCGGCAAGGGCUCCUUCGGACGAGUGCGGCCGGCAACUGGUCCGGAUGGCAAGCUCGUGGCGAUCAAGACUCUGGAGAAGGCUGGGAAUACACAGCCUAUCCGUGAGAAAAUCGACAUGAUCAAGUCCGUCUCGCAGAUUGCCACCAUAGAGAGGCAGACCAACAUUUUAUCCUGCGUUGAGUCCAUCCACAUGGGAGGCAACAUACACGAAUUUCAUAUCGUGCUAGAACCCUUUGUCGACAUCACUUUAGACAGGGUACCAUUACAAACGCACCGCACAAAGCUGGAACUGAUACUCCGCGACUGUCUCCAAGGCCUAUCCUUUCUGCACGCCCACGACUUCGUCCACACGGAUAUCAAGCCGACAAACAUUGGUCUCGUAAACCUGCGGCUGGAUCACGCUCACAAUGAAACCUCAUCAGAACUCCCUCCACGUCCACUCCGCGCUGUUCUGCUCGACCUCGACUCGAUCGAGAAGAUCCACCACGGGAGGAAGACCAUCCCAGCUCGACCGGGCACCAAUGGAACUAUAGGAUUUCACUCCCCGGAACACGAAAGCGUUAGUCUCUUCAGGGUUGCAUUCGGAAGACUUCCCUGGUCAUUUGGAACACAAGGGAAUCCGUGGAGGAGGGACGUUUCAGAUCGUGGGCCAGGCCGUAUCAGUUUCCAUUCAAAAUACCGAGCCGCCAUCACUGAGAUAUCCAACCAGGAGAGGAUGCUCGGAGGUCAGUUAUCCCAGUCUCUAAAUAUUAUUCCUAAAUACUGACAUCCUGCCAGCCGCGCUCUGCGAGUUCUUGCUGGCUGCCUUUCUAUUUCCGCUGUCAGAGAUCCCAUCCCAGAAGGCGGUCCGGCCCAGCAGCGCGAGGUGUUUAUCUAGUCUGCUCCGAGCGUCCAGCUCCCUCAGUGCGAGAGAAGCGAAGAGGCAGGAAGAGCCAGCUUCUCAGGAAGCAGAACAAGGUCGCCCGUCGAAGAGAUUAGCAGGGGGCUGACCGUUGGUAUCGUAGAAGGUGCGCCGACCGGAGAGUAUCAAUAUAUACACUCUUUGAUGGCAGUAUUGUGUGAUUUGAU